AUGGGAAAAAUUGACUAUUUGGCGGAAGUUCUUCACGGCACAGUGGCGUCGUUGACAGAUCGAGUCGAUAAGAUGAAAGUUGGUUGGGAUCAGCUCAUGGAGGCUAAUCACGUCGUCUCCGGGCGUUUAGAUGCGAUGGAUCGGAACAUUUCUCGAAUCGCGGAGACGUUGGCGAGGAUGGAAGGAAAUAUCCCGAGUUAUCGGAAAUGUAGCUCAGUUUUAGAGAACCGAAAUAACAUGUUGAAGAGAAUUGAGCUACCGGCGUUUUCCAGAACAGAUCCGUACUUGUGGAUCUCACAAGCAGAGAGAUUUUUUCGACUUGGGAAAUAUAAUGAUGAAGAUCGCUUGGAUCUGUUGUCCAUCACACUUCAAGGACCGGCUCUUCACUGGUUCAACAGAGAGAUGCAGCGCGAGCCGUUCUGUGAUUGGUGUCAGUUUAAACAGAGGAUGAUUGCAAGAUUCAACCAGAAGUUGGAAGAGAAUCCAAGGAUGAGGUUCUUUGCGUUGAAACAAAGAGGAUCAGUUGCGGAUUAUGUGAAUGAGUUUGAGGAAUUGACAACAAUUGUGACGGGAGUAGAAGAAGAGAAUUUGGAGCUUGUAUUCUAUUUGGGAUUGAAGCCAGAGAUGGAUUUAGGAUUUAGGGUUUAG